AUGUGCGACUGCGCCACUCCCUCGGCUCCCACACAUCCACCCCCCUCAGCAGCAGCUGUAGCAGUGGGAGACGGAGGAGGAGGAGGAGCAGGGGAUGGCGCACACACACCCGCCACCCCCAUACCCGCCACCCCCAUACCCCCAACACAGGCGGCGCACGCGCGGCGCGGGGCAGAUACGCGGGCAGCAGCUGGGGCGGCGUGCGAGCGGAAGCGGGGCGGCGCGCGGGACCCUGGGGCGCUACGACGGGCGACGGGAGGGGGGCCGACGCGCGGGCCCCCAGGGCGCCGCGACGGGCGACGGGAGGGGGGGCGACGCGGGGGCCCCCAGGGCGCCACGACGGGCGACGGGAGGGGGGCGACGCGCGGGCCCCCAGGGCGCCGCGACGGGCGACGGGAGGGGGGCGGCGUGCGGGCCCCCAGGGCACCACGACGGGCGACGGGAGGGGGAGGACGCGCGGGCCCCCAGCGCGCCACGACGGGCGACGGGAGGGGUGACGCGCGGGCCCCCAGAGCGCCAUGA